CUUAAAUCGUAUCAAAAGAAACUGCGCAAGAGCCAUUUGCCACCCCCGAAAAGAGCCCGAAAACCUAAGAGCGUAUUACAUUCGCAGUCGCGGCCGUAGCCACAGUCGCUGUCGGGACUUCGUGUUGACUCGUGCGGCGAAUGAUUGAAACUGAUGAAGAGAGGAGCUUCAUGCGUGUUCUUGUGAUCGGACUGCGCCACUGGAUUCGCUCUCUUGCUCUGCUGCAGCAGCAGCUGGGGGCCACUGCACACCAUAGCAAACAUAACGGCAUUUAGCUGCACUCGGUUGUUGUUGAUGCGGCGACGUUAGUGAUUGGUGCAAGUGUACGCGCUCCGAAGUAUAUAAAGCAUAUAUAAACUAAGUGAGAACCGGUUUUGGCGCGGAGCGCUGCGAUUGGCCGCAACGCCACGCUUUCAGCAGUCCCAGACAAACACAUCUACGCACACAGCCACGCACACACACAGUCGCAGUCAGGUACCAGGCCUAGGCAUACAAGGGAGCAGUUCUUCUCUUUCGUUCAUUGCAACAGCAACAGCAAAACAGAUUGACGGCAAACACACAUUCAGUUCGUUAAGUUUUGUGCGCAACGCGAUGUUUAUGUGAAGCCAGCGACUGAAGCAGUUGAGAAUUUUUACUGUGACAAUCAAAGAUAACCAAGGGAAUACAAAGUUAAAAAGAAAAACAGUUACAAAAUGCAUACCGUCGAGCAUAUGCUAGUGGAAAAGAACUACAGCAAGUGUCCUUUAAAGAAGCGUCCGGUCAACUAUCAGUUCGAAGCCGAACCCGAGGACUUGUGCCUCAAAAAGAACAGCAGUGAUGCCUGCUCGACAAUAACAACAACAGUUGAGCAUUCAGCGACAGCAGCCGCCUCCAGCUCAGAGGAUGAGCUCAUCAAUGUGAGCGACUGUUGCGAGGAUGAAGGCGUCGAUGUAGAUCAUACAGACGAUGAAGCCGAGCACAUGGAUGUGGAGCACGAGGAUGAUGACGAUGUCGAUUGUGUUAAUGUCGAAAGUGAUCCCAAUCAGACACAGGCCGCGGCACUGGCCGCUGCAGCCGCUGUGGCAGCUGCCUCCGCGGCUGCCGUUGCCGCUUCCGUAGUGGUGCCCACACCCACCUAUCCCAAGUAUGGCCUACAGCCAUGGAACUUUCAUAUGUCGUCAUACACAGCCGAGUUUUAUCGCACCAUCAAUCAGCCGCAUCUAUCGGCCGCGGCUGCUGCGGCGCCACUGCGCGCCGAGCUGCUCUCGCCCAGCUCACCCUCCGACUCAUUGGGCUCACUGUCGCCACCGCCCCAUUAUCUGCAUGGACGUGCCAGCUCCGUAUCGCCGCCAAUGCGUUCCGAGAUGAUCCACAGACCGCAGCUGGGCGUACGCCAGCAUCAACCGUUCUUGCCCUAUCCAACCUAUCCUGCUGCCUACACUGCUCUCGGCUAUCCGCAUCAUCAGCCGCUGCAUCCGCAGCAUCAUGCGCCCAUUUCGCCUGCCUACUCCGAGAGCUCCUACUACUCGAUGCGCAGCCUGACGCCCGAGUCGAGUUGCUGUUCGGUGCCCGAGGAUCUCUCCUUGAAGCACAAGCAGGCUGGGUCUGGCGUGCACAGUGAUGUUGCCAGCAAACAGCUCAGCCACAACAGUUCCGCCUCCUCAGCUGCCACAGUGUCCUCCUCCUCCUCGGCUUCUUCGGCCGCCUCGGUCUCGUCGUCGCCCAGCAAAAAGGACAAAUCGGCGCCGCCACGCUAUCAGUGCCCCGACUGCCAGAAAUCCUACUCCACAUUCUCGGGCCUCACCAAGCAUCAGCAAUUCCACUGUCCAGCCGCCGAGGGCAAUCAGGUGAAGAAGUCCUUCAGCUGCAAGGAUUGCGACAAGACGUACGUCUCGUUGGGCGCCCUCAAGAUGCACAUACGAACGCAUACGCUGCCCUGCAAGUGCAACAUGUGUGGCAAGGCCUUCUCGCGGCCCUGGCUGCUGCAGGGUCACAUUCGCACCCACACGGGCGAGAAGCCGUUCAGCUGCCAGCACUGCCAUCGCGCCUUUGCGGAUCGCUCCAAUCUGCGCGCUCAUCUGCAGACGCAUUCGGACAUCAAGAAAUAUUCGUGUGGCAAUUGCUCGAAGACGUUUUCGCGAAUGUCGCUGCUGACGAAGCACAACGAGGGCGGCUGUCCGGGCGGCAGUGGCUCCGGCACCGGUUCCAGCUCCGGCGCUGGCUCCAACUCUGAGCUAUCCUACGGAGGCUACGCCGAGCCCUAGGCUCCACGCAGCAUCGCAUCACAACGUUGUACACAAGCCAUGUUCCACCAAAAAUUAGUUCCUAGCUCGAGAGUAAGCGCAACCCGGCAGCUCCAACAAGAUAUCCAAGACACACGCACAACCAGAAACACACACACGCACAC